AUGCUUGCCCGUUUUCAUUUGCGUAGCGGUGGUGUUCUUGUGUACCGAAGAGCAUGUUGGCACGUGGUACAGACGGUGGGGUUCGCCUCAGUGAACGAGACCCCUAGUGAGAGGAGACGACGUAGGAGGAUGCGGACCAGUGACGAGGACAUGGAACUGAUGGAUACGAAGGAGAAGCUGAAAUGGGCGGCCACGGUGGUCGUGGCCACCGUUUUACCUCUAUAUGUCAUGUACCGCUCCGCCGCUACAACUUCGGCCAAAUAUACGGAGCAACUGGCCUUGCAAGAGGCUGCCGAACGACGUGAGUGGCUGAGAAUGGCAGCAGUCCAUGAGAAGGCUGAACAGAAGUAUUCGGCCGACCCUGCUGAGAGAGCCAAAGGGGAGGCGGAGUUAGCAAGACCUGGGCAAACGCUGUAG